AUGGAACCGCCUGAGGUUUGGGUCCCCUACAGCCGGCCGGCCCGCCGGACCCAGUGGCUGGUGAGCGCUUUGGCUUACCACUACGGGCUGGACCGGGGGGUGGAGAACGAGAUCAUCGUGCUGGCCACGGGCUUGGAUCAGUACUUGCAAGAGAUCUUCCACCACUUGGACUGCGAAGGCGAAGGCAAGAUCCCCGGCGAGGAUUUCCAGACCCUCUGCCUGGUGCUGGGGCUGCAGGACGACGACGAGGCGGCCGCCGACCCGGAGGAAUGCGCCGGCCUCUGCGAGAACCUCUCGCCCCCGCCGGGCCAGGGCGCCGCGGGGGUGACCAGGCUGCCUCUGGGCAAGGAGAGCGAGCACAUCGAGACCCAGAUCCGCCUCCGCAGCCCGCUGCGCCGCCGGCGGGAGCAGGCUGCGGCGGGAGGCAGGGCGGCGGGCAGGGACUGUCCUCGCAGCAGCAGCAGCGUCCGGACGUGCUCCUCCCCGCCGCCCGGAUCGUGCUCCCGGGAGUGCUACGAAGAGAUCGUGGCGCUGGAGCAAGCGGAGGAUCGCAUCGUCAAGCUCGAGGACGAAAACGCCAGCCUGCGCGAGCUAGUGGAGGACAUGAGGGCGGCUUUGCAGAGCAGCGACGCCAGGUGCUUGGCGCUCCAGGUGGGAUUGUGGAAGAGCCAUGCACAUCAUAAGAAAAAUGGGACUUGCUUUAUAGGCAACCGGAAACAACAGGUGAACAAUAGAUUUCAGACUUCCAAGUGCCUUCAGAGUGUUCUAAAGGAGGUUGAAUUAAUCCGGAGUUCUAGGGAUGGACAAAUUGAAGAAGCAAUUAGGUUUAAUCAAGAACUGGAAAAAGAACUAAGGAAUUCUCAUGAAGCCCUCAUAGCCCUGGAAGAUUGCAACCACAGCUUAAAGAGAGAGCAGGCAGAAAUGAGGAAGAAAGUUGAAGAAGCAAGAUGUGUUAUCCUUAACAGCCUUGGAAAAGUAAAGGAGCUAGAAACUAAAGCCCAUAAAGUAUCCCAACUGCAGAUCUAUAUCCAGCAGCUAGAAUCUGAGCUACAGUAUUAUAG